GUCCCACAAUCUCUUCCCUCGGUGGUGUGUUGUUUGGUGGUGGGUAUUAGGAGUUGUAUCGGUAUAGGUUUGUAGUUAGAAGCGGCCGCGUUUUGGAUUGCGGCAGCAUAUGAACCUGGCUUGGGAUUCUUGGAUAAUUUCGAUCGUGCGAGAAAAGUUACAGGCAAGCCUCUUUGGCAAGACAAUGUCUAGGAGAAUAGCAAUAGUAGAUUGAUUUAAGUGAGUGCAGACGCGUCGAGGCAGACCGACGACACCAAUCGUGCCGGCGGAUAUUGAGUGCGUAUUGUAUCCGCAGCGCGCUUCAACCACAUAGGCCGGGCGUCAAUGUAAGCAGAAGGAACACAAACAGGCCACUGUUUGCGGCCCCCAGAGCAAGCUGUAACUAAAAAGUGUAAUUGCUGAAAACGAAACAGUGAAUACCAAGUGAGUGGUUCUUCAACCAGUGAACAGUUUCGAAACUCGUCUUGUAUUUGGCCGACAUGGCGACCGGAGCGAACACUACACCACUUGGCAAUCCCCGUUUUAUGGGUCCCCGGCCAUCAAUAUCGUCCGGUGGUGGUGGAGGGAGUUCGUUACUACGGCCUUCGUACAUAACAGCAGCGGGCGGUCCGCCCCCACAAACCCUUGUCGAGCGUGAUCCCAACCUCGUGCCAACUUCUGGUGGUCUAAAUCAAGGCCCUUCUUCAAUAAAUAUGGUCGGACCCAUGGGAUUGAGUAGUGGCGGUCCUAUGAGCCUUGGCGGACCUAUGCUAGGACAAAUGCCUCAAGGAUUCGGUGGCUAUGGAGGAGCAUUUCCUUCAACCGAGUCUAACUUCCAAAACACAGACUCUUCACAGUACAACAUGCAGCUUGGAGGUGGCGACGCAGCGAUGGGGAGUCUAGGAAACCAGGAGCAACAGCAACACUCAGACGGGCGCAAAAGAAGCCGCAGUAGGGAUCGUAAACGAAAUAGAAGUCGGUCCAGGUCUCGAGAUCGGCGUCGGCGUUCCCGUUCUCGAUCCCGAGACCGACGUCGAAGAUCACGCUCCAGGGAUCGACACCGGGGUCGCUCGAGAUCCCGAGAACGAAGAAGUCGCUCUCGUGGCCGUGGUGGAAAUAGCCGCAGCAGAAGCCGUGAUAGAGAUCGAGAUCGAGAAAACAGCCAAAGUCAGCGAGAACAGACGACAGUAGUAAAUAGCAGUGGAGUGCCUAGCGUUAUGAUGGUGCCGCAACUGUCCAGGUCCUCUAUCUCGCCGUGGGACCAACUUCCGCCAGGAACCAACAUUAUUAACAACAACAACAAUAAUAAUUCGAACCCACCAAUGGUCAUGAACGAGAAUUCGCAGGAGGAUUCACGUGAGGCACGCCGUGAGCGUAGAAAGCGAUCGCGCUGGGGAGGCGGUGCCGAAGACAAGGUGUUUAUUCCAGGCAUGCCCACAAUUCUACCCGGAAAUAUGACUCAGGAACAAGAACGAGCGUAUCUCCUUCAGCUACAAAUAGAGGAAUUAACUCGAAGACUUCGCAUGGAUGAUUUAGGAAUUCCAGCGAACCCAGAGGAAAGAUCGCCCUCACCUGAACCUGUGUAUAAUGCGCAGGGCAAGCGGAUGAACACGCGUGAAUUUCGAGUACGGCGACGGAUUGAAGAUGAACGUCAUGGGUUGGUCCAAGAGAUGCUUAAGCUAAAUCCCGAUUUCAAGCCUCCGGCGGAUUACAAACCGCCUUCAAUUCGCAUCUCAGAAAAAGUCUCCAUUCCUCAAGAGCAGUAUCCAGAUAUCAAUUUCGUAGGCCUGUUGCUCGGCCCCCGCGGCAACACGCUUAAGAAUCUCGAAAAAGACACCGGUGCCAAGAUUACCAUCCGAGGGAAGGGAUCCACUCGCGAAGGCAAAGUUGGCAAGGACGGACAGCCGCAUCCUGGCGAAGAUGAACCCCUGCAUGCGCUCUGUUCUGGAUUGACCAUCGACGCAGUGCAAAAGGCUGUCAAAAAGAUCAGCCAAAUAAUCAAGGAUGUCAUUGAGACACCAGAGGGACAAAACGACCUGCGGCGUAGUCAACUACGUGAGCUUGCAUUGCUCAACGGCACUUUGCGUGAAGGCGACGAUUCAUUCAUGCGCUGCAACAAUUGCGGAGCAAACACACACAAAUCGUGGCAAUGUCCUGAUAGAUUGAACGUCACCAACAACGUUAUCUGCGCAGCAUGCGGAGGAGCGGGACAUAUUGCACGCGAUUGCCGCAAUAAAGGAGGCGCUAGCGGAGGCCUGGGCUGGGGAAACCAAGGCGGCGCCGGAAUAGGCGGUACCGGAAUGGGCUCUGGGGGACCGGGCAAUGCUAAGAUUGACGAAGAGUACAUGUCUCUUAUGGCAGAACUGGGCGAAGGGCCGCCGCCGGAUAUGCAAGCAAGCCAAGAUCAAGGAGGCCACAGAAGCCAUUUCGGAGGGUCGGGCGUCCUCGGCGGUAACCGUGGCGGGCCAAUGAAAGCCCUCGGGGCAGCGGGUGGCCCCCACGAGCAGAGACUGGAGGACGGACAAGGACCCCCUAGCGGAUCAAUGGUGGGUGAGGGCGGGCCACAAGGAGGUUUUGGCGGACCCGGGCAAAACAACGGGGGUGGUUGGAGGUCUGAUGGAGGUGGGUUUGCUCGAGCUGGAUGGAGAAGUGCUCGUCCCAGUGGCUUCAAUAGAGGAGGAGGUCCAGGAGGAUGGGGAGGUAGUGGUCGAGGGCAGUGGAGCAGGGGUCCAAGGGGACUCCCGCCCAGAGUACCACCUCCCGGUCCUCGUAAUGACGGACCUGGCAGUAUGGAUCAAAUGCCACCAUGGGGGGGGCCUAUGGGGGGAAUGGGGGGUGGUCCAAUGGGAGGUCCUCCUAUGGGUAACAUGGGUGGUCCGAUGGGCAGUGGAGGAAUGAUGCCUCCAUGGAGUCAGCAUACGCCCCCACCAAAUAUGUAUUCCGUGCCACCGCCAUGGAUGUUCGGAGGGCCUCCACCAAUGUGUCCUCCACCAGGCGCGCAAGAGAAUACUGGGGCUAGUACGGUGAGUGGGGGCACAGCAGGUAAUACCGAAGAGACUACCUCCAAUGAGAACAGUGGAAUAGACUUUGCGUCACUGUUGAGUGCUCCACCUCCGCCACCACCGCCGUAGAAAUGUGUCUUAAAGAUACGAGAGAAAGAAUUCACUUUACUAGAGUAAUAAUAAUACAUCACAUCUGUAUAACAAUAAAAUGUGCAUGUAGGCACCAUUCGGGAGCUAAAACAAAAAAAAAGGGGCAGAUAUCUACCACUGAACCGCAAGCGAUGAGAUAUGGAAGCGGAACGUGCUGCCUCUCUCAUGUUAUUAUAUUAUAAAGAUUACAUAAAGUCGCACUGAAAUGUUACUAAUUGCAAAUUUAUCACAUGGCAAUCAUCAAUAUUAAAAAAAAAGAAAGUAUUGAACUUUUCAUUAGAAUUACAUCAUAUAGGCGGUAUCAACCACAGAUAGAUGCGCAAAUCACCAAGCGUGCAAACGAAACAAACGUGAGACACCAAUAUUAAGAUGAUGUGAUUAUACUACUACUGUAAAACAAACGCGUAUAUAUAUCGGGCAUCCUUGCGAAGAGUAUGAAAUGCUUGAAGAGAGGGGUAACGUGCUGAUUCAGUCGGCGUUGCGGAACUUGUUUUGAAGUUAUAAAAUCAACCUGCAGUAAGCGUAGCUGUAGGAAGAGCCAGUUAAGGUGACGGGUGCGCUGAUGGCUAGUUCGAAAAAGAUUAAUAGAGUUCAUUGAAUACAAAGGUUGAAGUAAUUAUAAUAUUGGUGUCAAGACGAGUAACCAAAACAAUAUGUGAAAAAGUAAAACACCAAGGUAUGAGGAACUGAAACUUUGCAGUUGUUUAUACCUAUUCAACCGAAUAUAAUUAUAAAAUAAAGGCGAAAAAGGUAUGAGCAUA